AUGGCAGUUGAUGAACCCAAAGACCUUCUAGCAACUGAAGUACCAGAGCAACUUGCACCAAUCCUCGAACCGGAUCAGCUUCUAGGAGCUUUCGGAGGUCUUGAAAUUGUUGACGAUGUGAUCAACUACAAUUGCUCCCGAUUCCACAAAGCUACCAACUAUGACCGGAAGUCUCCAGCGGUAUUGCUAGUCAGCCUUAAGACAGCCCUCUUUUAUGUUACAGAGCAAUCCUCCUUAUACACGUCAUCGUGUCUCCUCAAACUCGAUUGCAUGCUCAUUGAACUGAUAAUCGCUCAAGGUCUCAAUCCAUCCUCUCCACCUCAGAAGAUAGCUUUUGAGCACACCUCUGUGCUAAACUCCCUGCCCAAGACCACCCAGACGGUCAUGCAACGGCUAGCCAUCGAGCCGGACCUUUUGUUCUUUGUUUGCUGUCCAAGUUGCUUCGCCACGUAUCCCGAUGGAUCCACUGGACCCGAGCGGUGUACUCAUCGUCUGCCUGAUGACAGCGAAGAAUCUACGGAACCUGAUGGGACUGGCGUGCGCGACAAGUCGAGGAAAAAGCCCUACUUAUGUGGUACACCUUUGUUCAAAGAUUUUGCCUCUUCAAAACCCACUCCAGUUCGCUGCUUAGCCAUCCAGGAUCUUUACAGCUGGCUAGGGCGAUUGUUUUCCAGAGAAGGAAUCGAAGACGCGUUGAACCAGACAGCCGUUAAAUCCCAGGCCCCAUACGAUGCAUCGCUCGAUCACACCAGAAGGAAAGUAACCCGUAUCAUCUUUUGGUUUUCUAAUGCAGGCGAACUCGAAAUAACCUACUUGACGAAUUUUGGUCAAGUGGGAAAUCUUCGGGCUCUCUUACAAAGCGGAAAUCUGCCUGCUUCAUUAGAACCAUUCGUCCAACAGAUUCGGGAAUUAUACGAGCCGAUCCCGUUCGUCCCUCAAUCUCAAGUUCAACAUCGCCAGAGCUCGCUGGAGCACAAUAUGUUUUCGCACUUGGUGACCAGACUCAACGAGCUAUUCCCGCUCAAUAACUGCGAGUGGGUUCCAUCCGAUGAAUGGCACAAAGCCAAAUCAAAGAGCAAGUUAGCUCCUGUUAAUUCCCUUGUCCAGGUAGUUUCGAAUUUCAAACGAGGAGAAGAGAUCUUCAUGAGCAUGCAAAAAAGCAAAAAAAACUGUGCAGUCGCCCUGAAACCGGACGCCAAAAUCAAAUACGGAAUGAUUGACAAAAUAUUUGUACAUUCACGAACGCCUCCUGGUCUUCUACUUCAAACCGAUACCUGGUUGGCUGUCAAACCUCUGCAUCCUGUCCCCCGGACCAACAACCCAUUUGCCCAACUGAGUAAGUACGCCUUCAAUGUGUCCUUACGAACAUUGGAACAAAAUCCAAUCUACAUAGUUCAUUCCGACAAAGUACUGGCCCAUUGCGCGUGGCUGAAGUACCGGCCAGGUGAAUUAAACUCAAAGAUUACUUAUGAGACAUAUGCGCUGGUUUGUCUUAACCGUUGA